GAAAAGAGGGACGCUGAAUAAUCGAAUGACCAUGAGGUUAGGUUCUAUGAAUGCACCGUCCAGUUCUGUGUCGGAAGAAGGUGCGAGGUGAUUAAUACAUCACCGUGGGAACGUUAAUUUGAAAAACUGAUAUAAAGGAUGGAGAUCAUCGACUGACGAGUCAUUUGAUGUAGGUGACGUACACCUACAUCGUUCCGUCCUUUCGUUAUAUUUAUUGAAUUCAUUAGAAAAUUUUUUGCAACAUCACAAUACAAAACAAUAAAAUGGAACAUGAAAUUAAGGGGACCAGUGAUAUUCUACAGAAAUCAAAACGGAAAGACAUUGCUGUAAAUGAGGAAUUGAAAUACUGGAUGACUCAGUUACCGGAAGCUUUGAAAAACAUUCCCAUAAUACAUCUGGCAAUACCCGGUUCUCAUGAUACGAUGACUUACACUAUAAACCGGCAGAGUGACGUGGGGCCCGAUGAGCCGAGAUAUAUCAGAGCUCUUGGUCGUUAUUGUUCAUUCGUCUCAAAACCCAUUAUUUUUAAUUGGUCUAUUACUCAACAUGACAACAUUAAGGAUCAGCUCGACGGUGGAAUUCGAUAUCUAGACUUACGUGUAGCGACAAAGCCAACGGAUGGAAAUAUCUAUUUUGUUCAUGGCUUGUACGGAUCGAAAAUAUAUCAGCCGCUCCAGGAAAUAGCUGAAUGGUUGUCCUAUCAUAAUAACGAGAUCGUAAUCUUAGAUUUUCAACAUUUCUAUUCAUUCUCAGAAAUAGAUCAUCGCCAUCUUGUUGAAACGAUUUUUCAAAUAUUUCAAACAAAGUUAUGUCCAAUAGCAUCUAUAUUUGAUCACAUUACACUAAACUGGCUUAAUCUGGAAAAGUACCAAGUUAUCGUUAUUUACAGAAAUGCAUAUGCACAAAAUUAUUCGAAUUUGUGGCCAAGUGGCCUAUGGCGUACUCCAUGGCCCAACACUGUUCACGUUAACGAGCUUAUAAACUUUUUGGAUAUCGAAUUAAAAGCACGACCAUUAGAAAUCGGUUUUAUAUCACAGUGUCUCUUAACGCCUGACAUUUCUUAUGUAUUGAAACAUCUGUGCGGAACAUUACAGACAGAUUUAGUGCCAUCGUGCCAGAAAGUAAUUCUUCCAUGGAUAAAUCAAAAGCGACCUGGCCGUGGUGGCUUAAAUAUCGUUAUAGCUGAUUUUAUAUCCGAUAAUAAUUUUUUAUUUUGUAAGGCAGUUAUCAAUAGUAACAGAAAAUUCUUCGAUUCACAAUAUUCUGUGUGAAGUAUUUCAUACUUGAAACAUACAAAUGUAUAUACAAAUUGAAUAUGAAAUUUACAAUUUUGACGGUUGUGAUAAGUUAUUUUAAAAAUAUUCUCGUACUACGCAUAUUUUCAAUGGAAAAUUAUUUAUUUUACUUCUAAAGAAAUAUUUGCUCGUAUAUAUAAUAAAUAGUAUAAUAAAUUCAUGUAUUACUUCGUUAAAAAUCUAAAUAUUUUAUUUUUAUUCUAAAUCCUUAUAUAACUGCUAAAAUUUAAUAACAAUAAUCGUAAUAUUAAUUGCUGCAAUACAUUGCUUACUUACAUAAUUUUUGAACUUUGUAAAUGUAAUAUUAUAAAAUAACAAUGAUUUACUUGAAAAAUGUUUAUGAAAAAAUUUUAAGAAUAACAUUUAGGAUAUUUAAUUAAUUCGAAAAUUUAAAAUGAAAUUUCACAUUUAUAUAUUCAGUUCAUACUGAUACAUACUGAAGCAAUAUUUAACAUUGUACUGUUACUAAUCCUUUGCACUCGAACCUUUUUCGACUAAAACUUACAAUGUCUGAGAGAAAUACUUUAAGUGCAAAGGGUUAAAUAUUAAAUCUAUAAAUAAAUAUAAAUUUCAUACUAAUAUUUUAUCCCUAUCUCUUGUACUUUUAAUAUUUUUGUUUCAUUGAUCUUUUAUGCUCUAUUUUAUUUGAUUUUAAUUAGUCGAAUUAAUGUAAAUACAUAUAUAGAAAUCAAAAGAAUACGUUUUAAGUAUUCCAAAUAUUCCAACUAUGUCCAAUAUAGUUUACCAUUAAAAGGAUAUAUAAAAAAUUCUUUAUACUUAUGAUCAUUACACUACAAAAAAAUGGAUUUCAACAAAAAUUGUAUAAUAUAAUAUAAAUAUAAUAUAAUAUAGAUUUACAAUAACAAGCAUAUACAAGGUGUCUCAUAUAAAGUAUUACAAGCUGUUUUUUCCGAAAACUAUUGCAGAUAUCUAUUUAAAAUUUUACCAUGCUAAAUAGAGUUCAAUGCCUAAUAUUCUAGAAUAUAAAUAGUUGCAGGAGUGAACUUUUUGGAGGUAGAGAGAUUGCAACCUUUGAUUUUUUUUUAAUGGAAGAAGAAAGAAUUAAGGCCAUUAAGGAUUGCCAAUCCCAAUAACUUUUGUAUAAAAUACUUUUUUGUAUUCUGCAUAAUUACUUACUUCUUUCUUCUAGUAAGAAAUAGUUUUCUAAAGUGUUAUGCAAAUGGAUCGAAAAAUAUCAAAAUAAAUACUUUACUAUUGAAGUUUAUUUUAUUAAAUGUUCAAACUGUUGUCCAUUUAUUUCUAGACAUUUAUUUAUUGUUCCUAUCAUAUUUUGUUUUACUGCUAUUGUUUUUCAGAAUAUUGAUAUACAUUGAUAUGCAUUUUCUAUUCUAUAUUUUAUAUCUUCCUUUUUAUACAAGGCGAUUCAACUAUUACUUUCUUCUUCGCAUAGUUCCAUAAAAAAAAAAUAAAAUAAAAAUAAAAUCUAUAGAACUCAAAUCUGGAUGGCCAUAUAAUUAGUUCUCCACGCUCUAUCCACUUGUCUGUAAACACUACUUAA